AUGAUUAUUUACAAGGAUAUCUUCUCCGAUGAUGAAUUGCUUUCCGACGCAUAUCCUAUCAAGGAAGUCGAUGGAGUCGUUUAUGAAGCUGACUGCUCUAUGAUUCAGGUUAAGGAAGGUGAAGAUGUCGAUAUCGGUGCCAACCCUUCUGCUGAAGGUGGUGAAGAGGAUGUGGUUGAGGAAGGUGCUCAAACUGUUAACAACGUUGUCUACUCUUUCAACCUACAACCAACCACAUUUGACAAGAAAUCUUUUCUGAUUUACAUCAAAUCUUACAUGAAGAAGGUCAAGGGCUAUUUGACCGAGCACAAUCCUGAUGCUGUUGAUGCUUUCCAGAAGGGUGCUACUACCUAUGUGAAGAGAGUUUUGAAGCACUUCAAGGACUACGAAUUCUACACAGGUGAGUCCAUGGACCCUGAUGCUAUGGUCAUCUUGUUGAACUACAGAGAGGAUGGUGUUACCCCAUAUGUUUCUAUCUGGAAGCAUGGUGUCAAUGAAGAGAAGAUCUAA